CGAACCAUCUAUCAAGUCCCCGCCUCGGCGAAACCACGGUGAGGAAGAAGCACUAGUGGGUGAUCCACUAUCGACUUACCGUGACGUUAACCUACCAAUCACGCUCCCCUAACCGUCAUCGACCCUCACUGGCCUCAGUUUACUGCAGCCUGCAGCCGCCAGGUGCAACCGUGCCAGUGGCUGAGCGCAUGGGUCCAGUCUUCUUGCAUGAUGCUCAGCGGGGAAGGGUCGCAGCUUUAGCCCCUCGACCAAAGUCACUUAAAACGUGGCCUCUCCAAUCUAUUUACCUUUCUCGCUCUCUUCUUUUGUUACUCAUUGUUCAUUGAAAUCGCUGUCGCAAUGUUUGGCAUUCAGAGAUUCCUUGUCACCUUCGUCGUGCUCUUCGGGGUGCUGGCGGUCCUGUUUUCCCAAACUGUUGACGCCUCAAAAGGACCUAAGAUCACCCACAAAGUGUACUUCGACAUCCAACAAGGCGACGAGAACCUUGGCCGUAUUGUCAUGGGUCUCUACGGCAAGACAGUCCCUGAGACAACGGAGAACUUCCGUGCUCUUGCUACCGGCGAGAAGGGAUUUGGAUACGAGGGAUCGACGUUUCACCGUGUGAUCAAAGAUUUCAUGAUUCAAGGCGGCGACUUCACCAAAGGCGAUGGCACAGGUGGCAAGUCAAUCUACGGCAACAAGUUCAAGGACGAGAACUUUAAGUUGAAGCAUACCAAGAAGGGCAUGCUGUCCAUGGCAAAUGCUGGCCCCGAUACCAAUGGAUCACAGUUCUUCAUAACCACUGUCAUCACAUCAUGGCUGGAUGGUCGUCAUGUAGUGUUCGGCGAGGUCCUUGAGGGUUACGACAUUGUCGAUAAGAUCCAGAAUUCAAAGACAGCUCGCGGAGAUAAGCCUGUCGAUACCGUCAAGAUUGUGAAGAGCGGCGAACUUGAAGUUCCACCCGAAGACUUGAAGGUACAAGCGCCGGCUUCGAUACCCCCGUCGAAUACGAUUGGUCAACUUAGUGGUCUUGCUGCGUGGCAGAAGCUUUUGGGGGUCUGCAUCGUGUUUGCCGUUUGCAUCGGGUUUGUGAAAAAGGCCCAGCGGCAUAACACCCACCGUGGUCCGCACGAAAAGACCGCUGCAUGAAAGGGGGCUAGCUAGAGAGGAGUGCGUCGAUAGUUCGAUAGUGUCCUGAGGCUAGUAGGUGCUAUCCUCUAGGUGGAUUAAUAUGCAAUUGCAGUUGCUUUGUAACUCGAUUAGUUGUGGUGCUUUGGCUCUUCACGCCGGUUUCGACCGUCAUUUGAAGUCCUAUUGCUGCUUGCAACUUGUCAUGCUGUGAGCUAGAAGUUGUUGAUGACCUCACAUUGCCAGCGCCUUAAUAUUGAACGUGCUUUGGCCAGCCUCAGCGGCAAGCACAAGCGUUACGAAGUCUUACCAAAGGUUAGCAAUUCGAGAGCAACUGAAUCCCUGCGAGUUCAAUUUAUUAGUUAUGGUAUCUUUAUACUUGGUUGUUGCACAGGUGACGACCCACUGUGUGCUUAAAACCAAUCAAAGUAAGUUGUCGGGUAGCCCAUUCACUAC